AGAGAGGCAACAGGCAGGACUGAGGGACGGAACAUCACUGAAACUGGAUAACAACAACAAACCUGUGGGCAACUCGCUUUAGACUACUUUUUACUCUCAUGAAGAGCCGUCUUCAAAGCUGACUUUUUAUGACUGUUUGAACUGAUCUUCACUGACUGGGAUGUGACUUUAGGUACAGACUUUUCGCCCAGGCGGAGCUCUGUUUUUCCCGGACGCACUCAUCUCGUGUUGGCGCUCAUUUCAAAGGCGAAGCAGACACUUCAGAGUUUGUUACACUUACAUGACAUUUUAACCCUCGGCUCCGUCACCUUUCAACCAUGGCGGAAGCGGCCCAGCAGCCUCACCUUGUGGAAAUUGACCCGGAUUUUGAGCCCCUCUCCCGGCCACGGUCAUGCACUUGGCCCCUACCCCGGCCGGAGUUCAUCAACCCCGGCGACUCCAACACAUCCUCCCCGGUGCCCUCCGUGAAGCAGGAGCCGGCCGGGAACAACGACUUCAUCAACAACCUGAGCCUGCUGGAGGAGACCGAGGACUUCACGGAGCAGAAACCCGUCAUCCUGUGCUCUGAUUUCCAGUGUCAGGAGAACUGUGUCCACCAGCAACCUCCACAGCAACAUCAGCAGCAACAUCAGCAGCAGCCGAACCCGCAACUCCCUCAUCACCAACAUCACCAGCCCCAGCAACAGCAGCAGCAGCAGGUGCCUCUGCUCUCCCCGGUUGGCUCGUCCUCCUCGGCGGCCGCUGCUGCAGCCGCUGCCCAGAGGAAGAGCAGCUCCUCCCGGAGAAACGCGUGGGGGAAUAUGUCUUAUGCAGACCUCAUAACCAAAGCUAUCGAGAGCUCCCCAGAGAACCGACUGACUCUGUCUCAGAUCUAUGACUGGAUGGUGAAGAGUGUGCCUUACUUUAAGGACAAGGGAGACAGCAACAGCUCUGCAGGCUGGAAGAACUCCAUCAGACACAACCUGUCGCUGCACAGCCGCUUUGUUCGUGUGCAGAAUGAGGGGACGGGAAAGAGCUCGUGGUGGAUGCUAAACCCAGAAGGUGGAAAGAACGGCAAGUCCCCACGACGCAGGGCGGCCUCCAUGGACAACAACAGCAAGUUCACUAAGAGCAGGGGGAGAGCAGCGAAGAAAAAGCUGUCCCUGCAGGGCGGUCCCGACGGAGGAGCCGACAGCCCUGGCUCCUUCUCCAAGUGGCCCGGCAGCCCCAACUCUCACAGCAACGAUGAUUUUGAUGCAUGGAACAGCUUCAGGCCUCGGACCAGCUCCAACGCCAGCACUCUUAGUGACCGCCUCUCCCCCUUCAUGCCUGAGGACGACUUCGGGGAGGCAGAUGUGCACAUGGGCUACCCAGGAGCUCCCGGGACCAAGAUGACAGCCACAUUGCCCAGCCUGACAGAGAUGACGGGCUCUUUGGGUCACAGCUCUGAGAACGUCAUGGAGAACCUCCUGGACAACCUCAACCUGCUCUCACCCAACAACGCACAGGUUGGAGGAGGUGGGACGACCCCCUGCUCCUCCCAGUCCUCGCCCUCUCCCAUGAUGCAGCAGAGUCCCGGGUACCCAGCAUACAGCUCGCCCAGCAUGGCCCCACAGCCACAGCAGGAGUAUCGGAAGUGCGUGUACGGGCAGGCGGGCAUGAACGCACUGCCGUCCAUGCAGACGCUGCAGACGCUGCAGGAGAGUAAGCCCAGCUUUGGACCGGGCCUGGGUCAGUACAGCUGCCCUGCAGGGCUCCUGAAAGAGCUGCUGACCUCGGACACAGACCAGCACGGAGACCUCAUCCCCUCAGUGGACUCGGUGGUGCCUCAGCCCAGUGGAGGAUGCAUGCUGCCACCGUACAGCAGCAGCCAGCAUGCAGUUAAACUGAUGGGCAGGGGAAACGGACACCCACACGCUCUCUCUCACACUCGCCCUCACAACGUGCACAACCAGGCGCCGGCACCUGCUAUGAACGGCCGCCUGCUCAUGCCGCUGGGUCACAGCGGGGCCAACACCCGUUUGCCUUCAGCCAAAAGCAUGCAAAUGCCUUACGGCCUCUCCAGCCACCUCAGUGGGGGAGGAGGGAUGCCCGGCGGAUUCUGCCCGCUUAACACCAACGGAUACGGACGACCCAGCCUGCAGCAGCCCUCACACACCGAGAAGCUGCCCAGCGACCUGGACGACAUGUCCAUCGAGAAGUUUGAGUUUGACAUGGAGACGGUCCUCCAUGACACGCUGAUGGACGGUGACUCCCUGGACUUCAACUUUGAGCCGAUGGUGACCCAACAGGGUUUCCCUCACGGAGUGAAGACCACCACACACAGCUGGGUGUCAGGGUAGACUCUGGCUCAAACCUGUUAACUCACCUGUUACUGUUGGUGAAAAAAAAAAAAAACUCAUCUGAGAUAUAAAAUCUAUAGAAGGAUGUUUAAUCCUUGUCCAAACUUACCCAGCUUCUACACCGUCAACGUUUCUUGUUUAAAAAUACUUCUGGGAUCUCUUCAUGAGACUAAAACCAGCUGAGAAUCAUCUCGAUUAGUGCCGUUGAACUGGUGAAGACAAAACAAUCCUAUUCUGUACAAAUUAAGUGCCAAACUUUCUGCCUUAACACAAGAGCCAAACUGAAGCACACCUCUCUGGUUUACUCAUAGCAGCAACACAAUCUGUACACAUGCUCAGACUCAUACUGUGCUGUUUACUGUGUUUCCACAAUCAGACUUCAUGUAUGUACAGAGUAGUGAUAAGUGAUCACCACUACAGAAGGAUGAUGAAGGUUACAUGGUCAGAGUUGUAAACAGACAUGAUGUAAACUUAGAUACUUCUCAAGGGAUCCUCCAUGAUGUUACAUAAUAACUCACUUUCUUAUCACCUGAAUGUACAUAAUGUCACAGUACAGUUUGUAAGAUCAGGUCUGGUAGUGAAUUUUUUUUUAAAGUUGUAAAUAUGGUUUACAGAGUGAAGCAAAAAUCAAGGCAGCAGAAAUGAGCUCAGAGAAAACUGGAUCACAUUAUUUUAAACACACAUCUGUACUCGAGGAUUCUUCAUAAUCAGGCUGUAAAAGGUUAAAAAAGUUUCUAAUUUCAUGUACAUAGGUUAAGAUUGUAUAUUAACAUGAUGGAGUAGAUGUUUACUAGAUUUAGUAUAUAUUUGAGACUAAAUUAUUUGUGGUAAAUAUAGAUUUAUGCUGGUGCAUUACCUGCACUUGGAACUGUUCUGGGUUGUCUGUCACUCUUAACCUUAAUACCACAGAGGCCUAUUUAUUGUGCCUACCAGAGUAGAUUUAGACUGCAGGCUUGAAGAGUUUUAUAUUGUGAUGUUUAUGGUCCAGAAGAUACUCAAAUACAGCAGUUUUUAUUAUAAAGUACAGUGAUUCUUUCUAUACAGUUUCCUGCUUUUACUAUUUUUGGGUAGAAGUGAAGAAGAAACGAGUGACAGUAGUUUUUGUUAGGGGUUCCUGAACGCAACACAGCGUCCUGAAUGUGAAAAGAGAUUCUCAGUCAGUACGUUUACAUGCACAGUGAAGUUGUUUAUAGCUUAACUAGACAAUUUAACUGGACUACAGUCCAUGCUCCAGUACACAUGCACGACAGAAGAAUUGAUUUAUUGAGGGGAGCAUGCUCAUCUUGACUACGCUUAGGGAUGAAGAUUAUUAAUUUUAUUGAUAUUGAUACUCUUAUUAAUACUCCUUAUCAAUCCAAGUCCUUGGUGAAUAGACAAAUUCUGUUUUUAAAAGAAGUGGUGUAAGUUUAGGAGAGCUUCAAAUUAAAAUGGUCAUGAUUGUGUCUGUUAGCUUACACUAUAAAACCAAACAAGUGGAAAGAUUUCUGUUGAAACUGAUUAUACUAAAGUUUUUUAAAAAGUGGAAAUACAUCUUUGAGCAAUCACAGAUGAGUUAAUAAAACUUUAAACUCUAAACUCUGUUUAAAUCCAAUUCAGAAGAGCAUUUUUAAGUAAUUUUCGUAAUGCUACAUGUUCUUCAUCCACUGUAGUUUUCUCUUAUUUUUAUAACACACUUAAAUCUUGAAUAUUUAUGCUUAGGAGACUACAAGUACAAAUAACUGAAAGGUUUCACUCUGAACCAGGAAGUCCUCUUCCAUUGUGUUCAGUAUACCUUCCACUGGGGUUGCUCCCCACAGGUCAGACUUCCCUAACUGAGUCAGUAACUUCAUUCAUGGUGCAAAAGUGUCCAAUGCCCAAAGGCAUUCUGGGAAAACUCUGCAGAUUAAGGGGUGAUGGUUUAAAAAAAUCACAAAAAAAAAUACUUAACAG